AUGGCGGACGACAGUCGUAAAUGGACCGAGGCCGAAGACCAAAUUCUGGAAGCGGCAGUGCGUCAAGCUGCGACGCCAAUUGACUGGCUCUGGAUAGCAAGUCGCCUCCCCGAGCGAAGCAAUAAAGAUUGCCGCAAACGCUGGUACCAGAGAUUUGCAGGUAACACUAAUUUUGGGAGCUGGAUGGAUGCGGAAGAUGGCCGACUGCGCGCCGCAGUUGCGCGGCAUGGCACAAAGUGGCCAAUAGUUUCCAAAGAAGUUGGGACCCGUACCAGUGAUCAAUGUUCCAAGCGUUGGAAACACGUCUUAGAUCCAAACCUCGAUCAUAGUCCUUGGACUCUUGAAGAAGACAAUUCCUUGCUCACUGGUGUCGAACAGCACGGACGGAACUGGAAGAUGAUAUCUGAGAUGUACUUCAAGAAUCGGGCGGCAUUAUCUCUGAAGAAUAGACAUGCUCUCCUGAUCCGUCGAAGAAAUAGGUCAAAUGGAUUGCCUCAGGCUUUGUCAAAACUGCAAACGAGAUCUCCCUCCCACUCUCCCAAAACUAUUGCAAUGCCGGAGUGUCGAAACAGCACACAGCAACUAGAGAAUUCUGCAGCUUCUAGUGAUGACCCCCGGCCAUUUGAAAAAGAAAUCCAAGAUGAAGGCAUGACUAGCAAAGUCAAUGACAAUAAUUUACAGAGCAAAACUGCUCGAUAUGACUGGGGUGACUUGGAGGUGGCUACAUCAAAUGCUACGUUCGAAAAGGGAGAAUGUUGGUCCGCAGAUCCAGAUCUUUUCCUGUCGUCGUCCCCGUUUCAGGGCCAAAUAUCCGAUGAGGGUUUUGGUAUUGGCGAUAUCCUCAAAGAGCCGAGCUGUGGGCCUCAAAGUGUCACGCCACUGCGACAGUGCAGUGUGGCUGACUUCCAAGAUAACUUCGAGGGUCUGCUGGGUUCUAUGUCUCCACUUGACAACUUCACACUGUAUCCAAAUGCCUCAUUGGGCUCAGCAGAAACAAGCCCAGGCCCGAGCAGUGACCUCUGCACUCGACCCAGCAGUGGUUCUAGCAGUGCUCGCAUGACAGCAGCAACAGGAUUCGAUAAUGAACAGUUAACAAGCCCCAUGGCGCCCUGCCGUCACGAGGACUGGAACAAUUUAUUUAGCCUGACCGUCCGCUGUACAAAAGGGAAGAUGGAAGCGAUCAGGCAAUCUGUUCUGGAGACCACGAGUAACAUGCUCUGUAUUGAAGAAAAUGAUGAUGAUCUGAUUGAAAUGAGACUCACGGUAGAACGAAGGUCCUAG